AUGGAGAAUGGAAAAACAGAAGAAAUGACGGAGGACGUGUCAGAAGAUAAAGACGAGACUGUGGAGGAGCCGAACCUGGAGAUCGCUCAGCUGCAGGGCCUGGUGGCUGAGCUGCGCGAGGGGCUCCACGCCGCUCUGACGGAGCUGCAGGACCUGCACCAGAGGGACCACGGCCUGGAGGAGAAGCUGCAGGCGCACCAGACCGACGUGGACGACAAGAUCAUGGGCCUGAAGAACUCUCUCAACACCUUCAAGGAGGAGCUGAAUGUGGCUCUGUUCCACAUCAAGGACGUGUCCAGCCGACAGAGGGAGGUUCAGAAGAAGAUGGAACAGCUGCAGAGGGACAACAGCAGUGACAUCAUGUCGGUUCCACACAGCAGAAAGAGCUCGAGGGCAGAUGUGCUCACGGCGCCGGGGGAGGAACACAUCUGUGUGGCCGGCCAAUCAGAGCUCAGCGUUUUCCAACACUUCUUCUCCAGCCUGCCGCAUGGUGGGUCGUCCCAGAGGAGCAACACGUCCCCACAGACCUUUGAGCAGGAGCCUCAGCUGCAGAGAGGUUGUCCAUCGUGGGGAGAGAGGAAGACGAGCAGAGACGACACAGACGGCCUCACCAGUCCAACUGAACCCAGUAAGAGGCAGAGAGCCGCUCUGGAGCUGCUGGAGUCAGAGAGAGUCUACGUCUCCCACUUGUCUCUGUUGCUGAAGGCCAACAUCUCCUUCAACGGGUCGGAGCCCAUCGCCCCCAAGGACAAGCGUCCGUUUCCCAGCUCCCUGAGGUUUCUCAUCCAGCAGCAUCUGGAGCUGCUCCACACUCUGCAGGAGCGAGUGCUGAAGUGCCAGUGGCAAGGCAUCAUGGGGGAUGUGUUCAUGAGGCUGACCAGCACAGAGAGCGACUUCCUGGAUUUCUACGUGUCCUACCUGAAGGAGCUCCCAGACUGUCUGUCCGUCGUCUCCAUGCUCGCAUCCAGCUCCAUGAAAUCAUCUGCCCUGCUGGAGAGCGACAUAAUGGGCGACGAAUCCAAACCCUCCCUCCACACUCUGCUCCUCCAGCCGGUUCAGAGGAUCCCAGAGUACCUGCUGCUGCUGCAGGGGCUGCUGAGGCAGACUGAGGCGGAGCACCCAGACUACUACCUGCUGCUCGUGUGCAUCCAGCAGUUCCGGACCUUCACGGCUCAGUACCACCACCUGCUGCAGCACAACCAGGAGCUGCUGCUGCACAACCGCCAGGAGGUCAAGAGGUCGACUAUGAAACAGCUGCUGAUGACAGUAGAGAGUGGAAUCAAAAACAAUGACAUUGGCUCGCCGUACCCGUGCAGCAGCGCCGCCAUGCUAGAACAUGCGAACCAGGUGAAGCGCAGCAAGCAGCGCCUCCUGGAGCAGAUCCAGUCCCAUCGCUUCCAGGAGUGGGACCGGGACCCCGACUCUCACUGUUACGACUCGGAGUGGCCGUCCCAGCUCCCGUUCUUCAACCCGGUCCUGGACUCACGGAACCACAAGCCCACAGGUCUUGGCAGCAUCCCGGAGAGCGAGUCCACUGAGCGCUCCAUGUCGUGUCAGCAUCAUCUUCCCUCCAGAGCUGCCGAAUUCCGUCAGGUUCAACCCGGCUCCGCUCUGGCCGACGCUCUGGGGGAGUUCCUCCUGCCUCCGGACCCCCCGGGGAUGGAGAGCCUCUACGAAGAGGACGGCCGGUCCCUCCACGACGUCUCCAUGUUCGACCAGUGCUCCUCGGCCUCCUCGGACUCGUCCAUCGACAUCGCCUUCGUGAAGUGUCCCAAGGCCCCGGCGGCCUCACACCACGCCAUGGCAGCCAACGUGUCCACGUCCCGGGAUGUCUUCGGCAACGGCGGAAGCCACGGCAACGGGUUUGGCAAACUGCCCAACCGAGGGUGUGUGUCCCCAGACGAGGCUGUGAUGAUGCGCCGCCAUCAGCAUCGCCCCCUUCAGGCCAGCCAGCGUAAGAGCAAGUCCCUGAACGGCCUUCAGAUGGACAACACGGUGAGCGGCCUGGACGCCGCCCCUCUGUCGGACCACCUGCAGAGAGUCGGGCUGGGCAGCCACGCCAAGCUGGAGCGCCAGGGCAGCAAGGGCAGCAGAGGGUGUGGCACGCCGUCCCGGAAGGGCCACAGCCCCAUGGGCAACCGGGCGGACGCAGACAAGCAGAGCGGCGAUCUCCACGGGCUGCUGAGCAUCGACUCCGGGAUCCAAUCGUGGGGCGACGAGUCCAAGUGGAGGACGGAGGAGAACAACCACUCCCACUUCAGUGAGAGGAGCCGCAAGCAGGACAAGGGAGGCUUCAGGAGCUCCUUCAAGAAACUCUUCAAGAAGAAGAGCAGCGAUGAGAAGAAAGACAAAGCUGGAGAGAAAGCAGCAGAAAACCAGAACAGCUGCGACCACGAGACGUCAGGGAAGAACUCCAAACUGGAGAUAAACCGCGGCACGGCCGUGUGAAGGCCAACUCCCCCCCCCCACACACACACA